AUGGCAGAAAAUUCAUCAUCUCAUCGGCAAACCGGUCUUCGACCGAACGUCGAAAACAAUGUUCAAGUAGAAGGAAUCCCAGAGGAUGCCUCGGAUGACAACGAGGUUCAAUCCAACCGAGCAAACGACCCUCCAGGAAUAUUACCAGCAAACCCUGCUCAAUCAAUUUUGCCACCAGGAGAAACUCUGAUAUCCUGGUACGUCAGGUCUCAAGGGGCACUAAACGCAGUAUACACACAGCUGUGUGCUCAGACCGCUCCCUUAACUCAGUCACGGAGACCAGGAUCUCGGGCAAACGCUUCCCAACGGGAGGAUUCAACUUACGGAAAUACAGAAGUUUAUGCCAGAUCCACAUCACAACGUGAAUACACUCAGACAGGAAGUCAUCAGAGAGAAAAUCAUGGUAGACCACAUCCUCACCGAAGACAAUCGGUUCAUGACAGGUUGGGUUCCCAACGAGACACCCACACCGACGAGUCUGAUCCAACAUACCGUUUAAGUGCAAAUACCACUUUGGCUCCACUUGAGAAAGCUAAAAUACCAUCCAACGUGGGUAAAUUUAAUGGGCUGACAGACCCCGAUGACCACCUAAGAGUAUUUACCAGCGCAGGUCUGGUUGGGGGUUGGACCCUCCCGCUAUGGUGUCAUCUGUUCGUUCAGACCCUGACCGGUCCAGCACGAAUUUGGUUUGAUAACUUACCAAUCGGACAGAUCGAAUCUUGGAAGGACCUGCGUGAAAAAUUUUUGACACACUUUAGCCAGCAACGGCGUUCCAUUCGCGAUACAUCUGACGUCAUAAACAUUUGGCACCGUGAUGACGAGAAUUUGGAGGAUUUCAUCACCGAAUACAAUAAAGAGGUUUUGGAGAUUGGCGGAGUUCAUGAGCAACUAAUCCGCGCACAAUUCAAGUACGCGGUUAGAUGUGACGACAUGGUUAAGGUCUUAUCUGGAACAGAGGGCCUUCCAAAAAGUUGGGAGAAGAUAAUGGCGGCGGCCAAGGUUUACGCGCAAACUGAGAAAAAUCUUACUACAAACAGGCCACCACCACCACACAAUAGGCCCGCGGACUUAAGCUCAACCGGCGAAAGGAGGUUAAAGAAAUCAUGGCGUGAGUCUGGACCGGGAAGUCGUUCGUCUGAAGAUGCCCGCACAACAAUCAACAAACUCACCGCGCAUAGGGAGAACAAACAUGAAAAUAGGGAGAGGCAACGGACUCCCCUAACAAAGACCCCGGCGGAGGUCUUAAGUACCGAAGACUAUCAAUUCAAACCUCCGAUCCCAAUGAAAAAUAAGCGUGGACAAGACCCGGCACAAUACUGCGAAUAUCACAAAGAUAACGGGCAUACCAUUAACAACUGCAUCUCUCUACGCACAGAAAUAGAGAAAGCCCUCAAGAGCGGCGAACUCACACAUUUACUCCAAAAUGUGCGCAAAGAGAUUAAGCAGAUAACCCGGGGUGAGGAGGGCCCAAGCAAACGGGCGAAAACCUAA